CUCGUCGAUGCCAGAAGUUUCUCAGCUAUAUCACAGGUAUGUCUAGCACUUAGGGUCGAACGCCUAGCUGACAGCUCAGGAUGGCUCUGCGUGAUGGGCUGGCAGUGUGCCAUCGUGUCCAUCGCCUUUCUCGCCGGGACGAUCAUUCAAGGCCUCAUCGUGCUGAAUGAUCCCACGUACGAAUUCAAGAGCUGGCAUGGCACGUUACUAGUGAUAGCCAUCACGGGCUUCUCGAUCUUCUUCAACACCUUCCUGGCCAGGAACCUUCCUAUGGUGGAAGGCCUUAUCUUGAUCCUUCAUGUCGUGGGCCUCUUUGCGAUCAUCAUUCCGCUGUGGGUGCUCGCACCACGGAACAACCCUCGAGCUGUCUUCACCGAAUUCUAUAACGGCGGGGGAUGGAAUAGCAAUGCCAGUGCGAUGAUGGUUGGGCUGUCGACCACUAUCACCUCGAUGAUCGGAUAUGACUGCUCUGUCCAUAUGUCCGAGGAAAUCAAGGAUGCAUCCGAAACCCUGCCGAACGCGAUGAUGGCCGCCGUUGGCGUCAAUGCAGUCCUCGGCUUCACAAUGAUCAUCACCAUCUGCUUCACCCUGGGCGACCUUACCACCAUCCUCGCCAGUCCGACCGGCUACCCAUUCAUCCAGAUCAUCCAAAACACGACCCGCAGCUACGCCGCGACAAACACCAUGACAUUCGUCUUGAUACUAACCCUAAUCGCCAGCACCAUCACCGAAGUCGCGACAGCCUCACGCCAGCUCUGGUCUUUCGCGCGAGACGGCGGCGUCCCAUUCUCCUCUUUCUUCUCCUACGUCACCCCAACCUGGAACAUCCCCCUAAACGCAGUCCUCGUCUCCCUCGGCGUAACUAUCCUACUCUCCCUCAUCAACAUCGGCUCCCUCGUUGCCCUCCAAGCCAUCGUCUCGCUCACAAUAACCUCCCUCAUGUCCGCCUACAUCCUCUCCAUCAGCUGCGUCCUCCUGAAGCGCCUCCGUCGCGAACCGCUCCCCCCGCGCCGCUGGUCCCUCGGCCCCUUCGGAAUGGCGAUCAACAUCGUCUCGCUGGCCUUCCUGUUGCCGAUCUUCAUGUUUGCGUUCUUUCCGCUCAGUCGGGACUUUGAUCCAAAGAGUAUGAAUUGGGGGUUUGUUAUGUAUCUGGGGGUUAUUGGGUUCGCGGCGGUAUAUUAUGUGGUUAAGGGGAGGGGGCAGUUUAUUGCGCCGGUGGCGUUGGUGAAGAGGGAACGGUGA